UCAGACCUUCCAACUCUCUCCAGCCCCCACCCUCUCCCAGACCCACCGCCAUGCCCAGCCACCCCGCCGCUCUCCUGCUGCUGGCCUGCGCCCUCUGCGCCCUCCUAGGAGAUGGUAUGGGCUCUCCUCCUCCUCCUUUGGGGUCCCUCCUGGCCGCAGCCAGUGCUGAGCACCCCAGGACCAAGCGCUGCUCCUGCAACAGCUGGAUGGAUAAGGAAUGCAUCUACUUCUGUCACCUGGAUAUCAUCUGGGUCAACACCCCGGGACACACCGCUCCCUAUGGCUUGGGAAGCCCGCCAAGGCGGCGCAAGAGAUCGCUCAGCAGGUGCCAAUGCUCACACUCCAGGGACAGCAUCUGUGCCACCUUCUGCCAGGUGAAGCCUGGGUACCUCCAGAGUCUGAAGCAGCCAAUGAACUCUGGAGCAUCAGUGGAGCCUCCACAGAGGCCUUCCCAUCACAGCCUGCUGAGAGCUCUCAGGGGUCUGGCUGUCUCCAGUCUGCUGCUCAGCAAGCACCAGCAUCGCUCGCAGAGGAGUGCCCAGCCAGUUCUGCCUUGGAAGAAAAACAUCUGGAAGAAGAAGAGAUAAGAAACAGGUGCAUACCAAGUUCACCAGAAGAAUUUGGAGUCCUGUGGGUGCCUCUGACUCAGCUGUUGGUAGCUAGAGCUGCAGGGAAGGCCACGAGUGGAGGGGGGAAGAAGUGGAAGUCUGCAGGCUCCUGUUGUGUAAACCAGUGCUGCCUGUGCACUCCAGAGACUGCUGUAAAGGGAAAACUCUCUCUCUAUACAGUCCUAGAUGUGUCGUGGAGCUGAAUUGUGCCUUUUUGGAUCAGCAAGGGUCUUGCUGGUAGAGUACUAGCUUAACUCUGCCCUGCAGCCCUUGGCAGAGGCUCAGCCCGUGCUGGGUGGGUGAAGGGCUCCCAAAGCAGUGGAUCUGUGCAGUGCUGGCCCUGGCAGCUCUGAGCCCCUCUCACCUCUGAGCAUGGUUCCAGCUUAGCCCUACUUGGGUGGUUUGGAGAUAAACUGCCUCCAGCAGGACCUGCCCAACGAGCCCACCUUUGCACUUUUUUCUCUUACCUGUCAGACAGUGUGAUGUGCAUCUGAAUGAGACUCCCAUGGCAAAACAGCUCCUAGAUUUUUAUUAAAACUAAUCAUAUAUAUAUAUGUAUAUAUAUAUCUGGAAGCCUGAAAGCCAACUGAGUAUUCAGUGGUAUUCUCUGGCUGAGACAUUCCUUGAAGGGCCAUCCUUAAGUGACUCUUCUUUAGGUGGAGCAGAGUUUGCUUACCCCAGAGCUUGCAUCAAACCCAGGUGUGAUCCCUGCCCUUGGGCCAUGGCAGCAGCAGGCAGGGGGGGGGCUGAAGGGAGCUGGAAUUCUGCAGGAGCCCCAUGCACACAGCCCCCCACAGCCUGGCUCCACGACAGAGCUGAGCUGCUCAUCUGGAGGGGUUCAGUGCUGUGAAGGUCUCAGGAGAUGAGAUGCACCCUUAGCAUGGGGUAGAGUAUUCCCAGCUCUUCACCUUAUCUCCCAGUUUGCUUUCAGCUCUGCCCAAAGGGAGAGGCCAGGAGCAGGGAAGGUGGGUGGUGGGAAAAUAGCAUGCAAAGGCUUGCUUGCUGCUUGGCUUAGAUCAGGUCUCUGAGUUGGACUUUAUACAAGGAGUGGGCAGUACCGGGCCAGCACCUCACUGCAGGAGGAGAAAUAGGAGCAGAGGAUGAGCUGGGGGCAGCCAGGUGGGAUUGGUGUUGCAAAAAGGAUGGAUGACUGGGAAGAGAGCAGAACACUGUCUGCACAGCUGUAGGAGGAUGGAUGGAAAUCCCUGCCACGGCUGCUCCCCCAGGCCUGGAGCAGCUCAGUGCUGCUGGCUCGGAGGAGGGAGGAAAAAACACUGAGCCCAGGACCUAGAAACCAACCUUGUAGGCAAACAUGAUCUCGAGGCUCUGGAGCUGUAACACAAAUGCACUUUUGUUUGCCUGGGCAAAUUGGCUUCUAUUGGAAAUUGUGGAUUUCUGCAGCUGUCACCUGGUUCAUGCAGAUCAAUAAUUGCUCUCCUGGAACCACUGUUGGGUCCCCCUUGCUGCCCAAUCCAGUAUUACACAUAAGCAUUUAAAAAAAGGCUACUUGAUGUUGGUGGUGGACCAAAAUCUGUGGCUGUUGCAAGUGUAGUCCCAUUGGACAUUGAAAAGACUUUGAUUUUUUUUUAUUUUUUUUUUUGCUUGGUGCCCUAGAGAGGGGAGAAAUGAGACCAAUUGAUUGUACUGUAAACGAAAACCAGCAAAUUGAUCAUUUGGUCCCUAAAGCUGCAGAGAAACUUUUCUGUAUUUGACCUUCUGAAGGUUUGAGUCAUUCUAAAAACAAACAAACAAAAAAAAAAAUCCUGAAGGGUUUUGUUUCAGAGGAAACUUUGCACAUGCUUUAAUGUGAGCCUAGUAAUUUAAAAUAAAACUACUGCUGUAAAGUACUAUGUAUAUCUCCUUGUGUGUAUAAUGUCCCAUCUUUAAGUGACUUACUGCACACAUGCCAUAUGUAGCAUCCUGAAAUCUGUAUAUUUAUUUAAAUCUAUUGAUUUUUUUUUUACAGUAAUUUGCAAAAUUUAAUUUGUAAUA